AUGUUUUUUACCCCAAAUGAUCUUGAAGAAGAUAUUAAGCAGGCAGAAGGCUUCUUUACAGAGAUCACUCAGCAAUUAGAAGACAAAAAUCUUGAGAAGAAUUCCGAUUGGUACCGUAACAAGAUAGCUGAAACAAGGACGUUAAGUGACAAAUGUGAACCAACAUUUUCUCUCCAAUCUCAAGAUGUGGGAUCUUUCUCAAAGACACUACUUUCAUUACAUGAAGAACUCCGUUGUGAAAUAAGGUCGUUGGUUAGAUUCAGAUGCGCUGACCUGAUGAUACUGGACCACGAAGAUAUGCUGAAUGAUGAAUUCAAGACAGAACUUGAAGAAGAUAUAAAUGAAGUGGAGAAAUUCUUAACAGAAAUCAACUUGCAAUUAGAAGGAAAAGUUCAUGACAAGAAUUCCCAUUGGUACAAUAAGAAGAUAGAAGAAACAAGAGCGUUAAUUGCCAAACGUUUUUCAGCAUUUCCCCUUCUACCUCAAGAUGUGGGAUAUAUAAAGGGGGCUUGCCAGAUUUUUCUCAGUUUUAGAGGAGAAGAUACUAGAUACAACUUUACUGGUUAUUUGUAUCAUGCUUUGCGUCAAGCUGGAUUCCAGGUCUUCAUGGAUGAUCGAGAGUUGCAUAGAGGGGAGCUUGUUGCACAAGUUCUCAAGAAUGCAAUUGAAAACACAAAACUUUCGAUUAUUGUUUUCUCUGAAAACUUUGCAGACUCCACCUGGUGUCUCGAUGAAGUUGUUCAGAUUCUUGAUUGCAAGCAGAGGAAUGAUAUACUAGUUUGGCCAAUUUUUUAUAAAGUGGAGCCUUCGGACGUGAGGCAUCAGAGAAACAGCUACGAGAAGGCCAUAGUCAAACAGCAAGCAAGAUUUGGAAAAGAUUCUGAUAUAGUGAACAAUUGGAAGUUAGCUUUGACUCAAGCUUGCAGUUUGAAUGCUUUCCAUUACAAGGAAAAUAGUGGGUACGAAUAUGAGUUUAUUCAAGGUAUCCUAGAAGAUGUCAUCAAGAAUAAAGAUCGCUUGUAAGCAUGGAUAGAGAUCCUAGAAGGAUGAUUUCACCUUUGCAAUAUUGCACAAGAGAAUAGAAAACAGUUACGGGCUCAGAAAUGGACUGUGACACUCUGCCUAGCUAUAAGUCUCUACUUGCAGUGUUUUUUUUUCUUGCAUUCUUCAUUUCAAUCACUAGGGUAUAUGGAUUGUUUAACAUAAAAUCCGGUUUAACAUAAAAUCCGGUUUGUUAAUUAUCAUUGUAAAUGUUGACAAACAUUGAUAUUAUGUAUUGU